AUGAGGAACGAAAACCAAACAGAGCUUUCUGAGUUUAUUCUUCUGGAUCUCUCAACGCAGCCGGAGUAUCGGCGUUUCCUCGCCUCCCUCUUCUUUGCCAUGUACGUGCUCAUUCUCGUGGGGAACCUGCUGAUCGUCCUGCUGAUCUGCUUCGAUGCUCACCUCCGCCAGACCCCGAUGUAUUUUUUCCUUAGCCACCUCUCUGCGGCCGACGUGGGAUUUGCCUCUGUGACCAUCCCAAAGUUGCUGCAGAACCUUCUGUUCCAGGUCAAGACCAUCUCUUACGGGGCGUGCUUGGUGCAAAUGUAUUCCUACAUGGCCUUUGGCAACACAGACAGCUUCCUCCUGGCUUCGAUGGCCUACGAUCGCUACCUGGUGAUUUGCCACCCUCUCUACUAUGCCACCCUGAUGAGCCACAAGCGAUGUCUGUGGCUCGUGACGGCUUGCUGGCUCCUGGCAUCUCUCCAUUCAUUGCUGUACACACUGAUGAUGUCUCGUCUUUCCUUCUGCUCCUCUCGGGAGAACCAAACGGGCGUCUCUGAAUUUGUCCUUUUGGGUCUCUCCACCCAACCUCAACACCAGAAUCUCCUCUUCCUGCUUUUCCUCUCCUUGUACCUGUUGACUCUACUAGGAAACCUUCUGAUUGUCCUGCUGAUCUGUUUGGACAAACACCUCCUUCAUACCCCAAUGUACUACUUUCUCAGUCACCUCUCGUUGGCUGAUUUAGGUUUUGUUUCCAGCACCGUUCCCAAGAUAUUGGUGAACCUGAUGUCUCCAACCAAGACCAUCUCUUAUAAUGGGUGCUUGACCCAGAUGUAUUUCUUCUUGACCUUUGGCAACACAGAUAGCUUCCUCCUGGCUUGCAUGGCUUAUGACCGCUACGUGGCCAUUUGUCGUCCAUUGCACUAUACCAUGGUGAUGAGUCACAAGCGCUGCCUCGUACUGGUAUGUGGAUCGUGGAUCCUUUCUGCUCUUCACUCUUUGCUCUACACUCUCCUGACAGCCCACCUUUCUUUCUGCUCCUCUCGGGAGAUCCCCUAUUUUUUCUGUGAUGUUUACCCUCUCCUGGAACUGUCCUGCUCCAACACGAGUCUCAUCAAAACGCUGGCACAGACCGAGGGUGUGGUGGACAUUCUCGGGCCCUUUGUCCUUGUUAUCAUCUCCUACGUACGCAUCUUCUGUGCCAUCAUGAAAGUACCAUCCGCUGCUGGGAAGCGCAAGGCCUUCUCGACUUGUGGCUCUCAUCUGACCGUCAUAAUUCUGUUCUACGGGACCAUCAGCUGUCUCUAUUUCCAGCCUACCUCUGCUUACUCAGCCCAGAAAGGCACCGUUCCUUCUCUCUUGUACGCAGUGGUGAUCCCUAUGCUGAAUCCAUUCAUUUACACCUUGAGGAACCAUGACAUAAAGGCAGCUAUUGUGAGACUUUGGGACAAGAGAAGAAGUUUUCAGAGUCAAUGA